AUGGCUUCGACGCGCCAUCCGCCGCCGCUACGCAUAUACCAGGACCCUCCAGGCGCCUCACCACCAGCGCCAGCAUCACACCCAGCAUCAUCAACAGCAUCAUCAUCAUCAACAGCAUCGUCACAGCCAGGCGCAAGGCCCAAGUCGCAGUGUAAACAGCUGCAGCCGUCGCCGAUGCCGCUGCAGCCCCUGGGGAACUCGGUCAGGAACAACCGCGACCUCGUCCUCAACCCGCCCUCGCUGGACCCCUUCUGCUCCCACAGCAGCACGUCCCCUAUCAAGCACCAGCGUCGCACGAGCGCCCACCUCGCACACAACAGCAACAAGCUGGAAUACCUCCCCAUCUCGGCUCCAAAGCCUGCCAGGUUUCCCACAGACUCGCCCGCGAAGAAGCCGCUUUCUCAGGAGCACCACCAGGCUCGGCGUCCCUUGCCGCCGCCCUCUUCACGCCUGCCGCUCUUCACCACGUUCCCCAGUGUGCCUCCCAAGCCCUCUGGGUCUUCGUCUUCUGCUUCUUCUGCUUCUUCUUCUGCCGGCAGGACGGCCUUCAACCAUCAGGACAACUACUCUUCUUCUCUGGGACCUCCACCUCCACGCUCGUCUUCUCACUCUCACUCCCGUUCUGCAUCUGCCUCUUCUGCCUCUGCUUCAGCUUCUUCAGGGAUGCAUGCUCCAGCCAAACGGAGACUCACUGUUGGCAGCAGUGACAUGGUGCCUGCUGCAAAGAAGCUCAAGCGUGAGGAGCUCGAGCAGCCGCCUCUUGUGACCCCCCGGCUACCAGAACCCCAUGAGAUGCCCCCCGUCGAGGACGACGGCUCCAAACCACCUUAUAGCUAUGCCAUUCUCAUAGGAAUGGCCAUCCUACGCGCUACUAACCGCCGUCUUACCUUGUCUCAGAUCUACAAGUGGAUAUCAGACAACUUUGCCUUCUACCGUGCUGGAGACUUUGGAUGGCAGAACAGUAUCCGCCAUAAUCUCAGCCUUCACAAGGCGUUUAUCAAGCAAGAACGGCCCAAAGAUGACCCCGGAAAGGGCCAUUACUGGAUCAUUGAACCUGGAAUGGAGGGCCAGUUCCUCAAGGACAAACCCUUCCGCAAAGCACCCAUCAUGUCUACCAUUCCAGCCUCCCAACCUCAGUCGGCGCCGCUUUUGAGCACGCCAAAGCAGCCAGACUUGCCCCCUCCAUCAAGCAAUACGAGUCUUUCUACUAUCAAUUAUUUACCAUCCACCACAGCUGAGUCGCAGGACGUGGCUCCAGCGUCAAACCUUCAAGAUCUCUCGUCUGAUGCCACCCUCCCUGCCUCCGACCCAGCUCUUCAGGAAGAUGACGUUAGUGAUGAGCAACCGGCCCCAUCUCUGGCACAAAUAGAGCAGCAUUUCUCCUCGCCGCUACAGGCAAUGCGCUCGUCUCCACCAGUUGCCCCACGCAUAUUCCACCGUCAGGCUACCCCUCCAACUCCCUCCCGGCCUACCUCGUCCUCGGCCGGUGUCUCGCGUUCAAAGAGGCAUAGCAGUAAGCCCUCCAACAUGAAUGACAGUGGUUAUUACUCCUCCCUCGAGUCUUCAGCCAUGAGGCCCCGUGUUGCUGCUGGUCAUAUUUUAACAUCAGAGCUAGAUAUCGAACCUCCGCGUAUCAAACGGGGCCGUGCUGAAGAGGAGAUCGCUCGUAUUCGAUCUUCCUCUCAUGAUAUCAGCCCUAUUCGUCUCGGCACUCUCCGAGACUCAGCACAGGCCGCCAUCGGCUCGUCACCCCUUAGAAAUGAAUUCAUUUCUAUCCAUGCUGCCCCCUUGACCCCGGCUGUCAAGUUUAAGAAGCCAGUCAAGCCACCAGCGUUCCUCUCUCCCAACACUAACCUCCAGAACCAUCGUCGGAAGAUCCAGCAGAUGGUCAACUCCCCAAUCAAGCGUCUUGGACUGGGUGAAGAGCUCCAGCAGCCCUGGAGCCCGGCAUUUAACAUCCAUGACGAAGUAUACACCCCCAACGACAAUCUCCGUCUGCCCUUUGAUCCAUUCUCAGACCAAUUCCUGGCCAGCAUUGGCACUCCCCCUUUCUGUUCUCCUGAGAAGCGCUCUGUCAAGAGUGACGGCCUUGGAGCAGGUGUUCUCGCUGACAUCACUGCCCUGAGCGCCAACACCCGCCUUAAGACACCUAUCGACAAGUCCAAGACCUACAGGUUUCAGGAGUCUCCUUGCAAACGCCUUGACCAGAGUCGCUACAACGACGCCGCUAACGAUGAGCUGUUCUCAUUCAAUCUUUUCAGCGAAGAUGGUGCAGGCGACGUCGACGGCGUAGAUCUCUUGCAGGGAUUCGAGAAAAUUGGACAGCCAAAGGAAGAACGGUCUCCCAAACAGUUCCUUGGUAAGACCUCGCGUUCGAGCCAUGGUCCUAAAGGCGCCAUUCGAUUUUGA